CUGUGCAGACGAUACUCAACACAAACAGUAACAGGUGUUAAAAUCUUGAAACGUGGAGUAAAGACUUCUUCAGAAACCUGAAUAUCUUCAGGACAGUUUGUGGAUAUUUAUGGUUGUGUACGGUCCUCAUAUGUGAUGACUGCGGUUAUUAAGGUUUGGCUGGAAGCGACGCAGGCAGAAAUGCUCUCCGUGUCUCGGCAACUGCCACAGCAGGGAGAAGUAUAGAUGAGAAUCAGUGUGGUCCGACGGGUACAUGUAGGAGUAGAUCUCGCUCCCUACCCACGACAGCCCAAAGCCAAAGGGACUAUCUGCAAUCCAUUCGUGCCAUAGCACACGCAUACAGUGAAGCCGAGAGGAACCAAACCAGGGGAGGUUAUGUUCCCCCUGUGGACGUUGAAACCGACGACGGUUGUAUGACGCGGCUUCGUUACGCCACUAUGAUCGACACUCACCAUCGCGACAAUCGUGGCCGCAUGGACUCGGAACUCACCAGCGAUUCUGACCACACCUUCGAGAUGUCGCCAGGAGCUCCUCUGAGGACCGGUGACUCAAGCGAUGUUUUCGCAAUGCCGGCGUCGGACGACGAGAAAUCGAAGAUCAUCAGUCGACGUCUACAGGAGUUGGAUAGUGCACAGCGAUCAUGGAAGAAGCGGGUGGCCGACUAUGUGCAUGGACUCCCGAAUGAUAAAGAAAACCCGGCUGAAGGGGGGAAAGUACAGGAUCCGAAACGACGUCGUCUUUGGUCAACUGGUUGUGAUCGGUUACCAUGGGAAAUAAACUCCACCGAUGGUGUUACGCCCCGUCAGAGAAUGGCUACCGUUAGCUCAGAUUCCACCUUCUCCUGCUCUCAGCUGUCCACAUCUUCCAGCAGGGACAGCAUCCAACACUGGGUGGACUCCAUCGAUGGUCAGGAGGAUCUGGACGCUACGUUGACCGCUGGAGAUACACAGAGGAGAAGCAGUAACCCCCUCGUUGGAAGGAAGACAUCCAAUGGAAGCGGUGUCCAUCCUAAGGUUCGCUCCCAGAGUUUGGAUGAUGAUCUGGGGCUUGGUGCCGAUGCGGAAUCCGUCUCAGACUCUGGCAAGGGUGAGGACCUCGUCAAGACAAAACAAGUUAUUGGCCCACGAGAUAAAAUGCUCAAGCGAAGACUGACCAAUUCUGAGAUUAUUUCAUUGGCCGGUCAAACCAAGGCGCUUCAGAGUCGUAGGAAGCAGCUGCAACGCAUGGGAAGUAGUGCGUUGUCCGAUAACUCCGUUGCAAGUGUGUCUGACCUGUUAUUUGCCCGUAAUGACCCUGAGGAGUUGUUGCUGAGUCUAGGCUUCGGAGGUCAAAAGGAGCCAGACCCUCUGGCUCGCAUCCCGUCACGCUUCAUGAAGCGACCCUCGAUAGCAAGAGGAAUUAGCAUUCAGAACUUCCUCAUGGUAUCCGAAACACCAGACCAAAAGCUUGGAUUCAGUUUACAUGGAGGUCUGAGAGGCCUUGGAGCUAUCCUUCAAAGCUCCCAUUAUGACAUGGGAGGAUCUGUUCAACUACAGGGAUGCGGUAUGGAUGGAGUCGAGGGCGAUCUAGGAGCAAGAAUACAAUCAUCUAAGGAGGGUAAUGAGGUGCAUGAUACAGCCACCGGCAAGGACAGUUUAGAAGAUAGAGUACAAGAAAUACACAGGUCUGGCUGGUCAGAUCGUAACUCUAAAACAAAUGAUGACACUCGCCAGAAAAAUAACUUCAAUUUGUCCACCGAGUCUGAUCAUAGGAGCAAAGAUGUCCCAGACAGCCAUGAGUCAAUAACCUCAUCAAGUAAGAACGCAUCGGAACAUUUGCUGCGAAGCAUAAGUAACGUGUCAUCUGUUGAAUCAGUGACGAGCACAGGGAGUGACUUCUACAUCAGUGACUCGUCGGACUCGGAUUGGGAUUAUGAGGAGGUGGAUCCAGGCUUAGGGAGCUCUCGCUCAUCUGAAGACCAUCGGAGGUCCAGGAUUUCACGGAUGGUGAUGCCGGAGCCGUUACUCCCACCUGUACACGAGGAGCUUGAAGUAACCACGACACCUCAGUCGAAGAAAUCCCUUCCAAUCCCAGCUCAGGACCUUAGCCAAGAACUCGUUUAUAUUGAGACAUUGGGAAAAGGAUCUCAAGUGCCUUCAGAAAGUCUCUUGGUAAGCAAAGGAAGAGACGCAACGCAUGUCGAGAAGAAGGCAGCUUCUUCGACUCUAGAUUCCGUACCUCAUCGUCUUAUUCACACUCAGGAAUCCUUUGAAAUUGAAGAGAUUUCCAGUACUGAGAACCAAGAGGAGGGAAGUCCAGUCAACAAAAGCGCAGACAAGGUCACAGAAAAAGGUCCUCUUGUACGAACUGACAGUGCGCAAUCAGACAGCAGUGGAUUUGCCGAUGAAGUCAUGGAGUCCACAAUCAUCUCCACUUCACCGUGUUUUGAGGAUUGUAACGGACACGGAUCAACAGGGAGGGACAGCUGUGAUGAGACUAUGCCUGAAAUGGGUAACAAACUUAUCCAGACAAGCUUUGAUGGAUUUGGCCUUCUGGAAAGUUUUGAUCGGGACGACUGGUUAGAGGAAGGUUCGGAUGCCGUAUCGGGGAGAAAUAUCGUGACAGCAGAGGAUGAGAAAAUUUCCAAUUCGUCGCCUUUAUCAAGCAAUGAGCGGAUUGCCCGCUCUCGAAAAUCAUUCCGUGAGUCGAGGAGUAGCUAUGAUCACAUUGGGAGUACUAUGAGUGGUCUCAGUGUUUCCAGCAUGGAUGAUUCCCCGUUCGAUGUAGAAUGCGAUAUCGUCAUGCCUAGGACGGUUCCUAUACCACGUCAGCGUUCAGAGACGUACCCAACAGCUGCGGACAAACAGGAGAUACCCCCAGGUCCUAAGACAGUUGUGGAGAUUUUGACAACACUUCAGGAGAACAUCAAACAGGCCUCGGAGGCAAAGACCUUCAUGGAAGCCAAAGACUCAGGAAAACCAGGCCGAAGACGCCCACUUUUGUCCAAAAUGAAGACCGUUGACUUAGACAACUUUCCUGCGGAUGAUAUCCCAAGUUUAAUGGAAUCUGUAGAAGCAAUUAUUGGUCGCACAAAACAAGCUUCAAAGUCAACUCACAAUAAGCAAGAUCAAGAUCGGGAGUUGCCGUCUCAAGUGGAAUCAGUCCAGGAAGUCAGACACCCUCCAGCUGAAAUUGUAGAAGUUUUAGACGACACCAUCAAACUGUCUCCCAAACUCGCUAAGCGGAAGUCUAGUCAGAUUCUACGGGUGCCCACCCUCCCUUGUUUGGAUGAGGAAAACACGCCUGUGAACUCCAGACAUUCUAGUGUAUCGGAUCUUUUGCCAAAGCUGACUUCAACACAUUCUACGGAUGACCAUGCGGUCCCUGAAAGUGUAACAAUCCCAGAUACAGCUUCAUCUAUUCCCUCAUCUACUCAUGGAGACUUUGAGUCUCCAAAACUGGAUUGUGCAGACUUCAAGAGUGAUAGUGAAACAGGCGAGAGCAUGCUGGCUAAUGCUGACAGCAUCGGGGAUUUGGGAGACCUAGAAGAAGAGAUGAAAUAUCUAGAGCACGUUGAGAGCCUUCUGCGACAUGAAGGAAAGCUUCUUGAAGAAGCAUCUCCACCGCGUUCGCAAUUCAAGACAUCUAACAAUGAACCUCAUCAACCUCAAGUUGAGGAAACCAUAGUGCCAGUAACUGAAUUCACAGAAGAGUCAUGCCUACCGAAUAUACCCUCCGAUUCUUUUAACCAACGAGUAAAUAAUAAUAAUAUAAGUUCUUCAUUUGAAGUUGACACAAUGUUCCCUAAUCACUCAGGAGAUUGUCUGAAUAUACCCGAUAUUGAUAAUGAUAAUAGUGAUAUAGCUGCUUCCCAAAUCAUUCCAACUGCUUCUUCUUCUUCCUCCGCGGAACCCGGUUCUCCUGAAGAAACCAAACUUGUCGAAUCUUCCAUGUGCCUUUACUUGUCACCGACGCCGUUUGUCAUUGACGUUACCCAAAUGACAAUCUCCAAUAACAUUGAAACGGAACAUCUAUGCAAAACUCCAGAUGCUGAAAUUGUGCCAAAGCGUUAUAGAACAAGUGUGGAAGUAGAUCUGGAUGGGAGUCCAUCAGAUGAAAAAAGCAGAAAGCCAUCGGAAAUGGAGAGUAUCAGUAGAGUGAAAUCAGAGGACAACUUUCAUGAUAUGAAGCUGAUCCAGAGGGCGCUGUUCAAGUACAAGAAUGACCUCUUUGAGUUGGAGAGUCUGUCAGAGCGAGUACAUUCCCGUCGUUCUCAUGACAACGAGGAGGAUGGAGGAGCGAUGGAGCUAGAUUCAGUGCGAGGUUUGAGAAGACAAAUCAUGGACGAGGUAGAGAUCAUGGAAGGACAGCUCGCUAUGAAGGCCAGGCAAGCUGGUGCUCGCAAUAACUUCUCUAGUGAAUUUGACAAUGACGUUGUGAUGGCAACAGACUGUAAUACAGAAAUAAUACAAGAGAUGGUGAAGUUACUUGAUGAGCAACGUUCCCUGAGACGGAUUCUCAAUGAUGUCGAGACAACCCACCCUCUCUCAUCACCCUCUGAGGCAUCUACCAUACCAGAUCUCUCCGCUGUGGGUAGUGGGGAAUGGGCGGAGUCUGUCUGUGAGGAGGGGGUGGCAGAUCAAGAUGGCGGCGAUGAUAAGACAGAGAUGAUGGAUGCGUUGAGAUCAUUGAGGUUGGAGGUCCAGCAGCAGCGAGAGGCAGCGAGACGAGAAAUGAACUGUGCUGUGAAAGAGAUGAAACAAGCUAUCAUAUCCGAGCUCAGACAGGAGUUACAGCUGGACACUCAACUCUUCCAACGACAACUCCAGGCUAAAGAUAAAGAGAUUGAGCAGCUGAAAGAUCUACUACAAGAACAGAUGCUGCAAGAUAAAGACUGAGGUCAAGUAAAGUUGCUUCCAGAGUCUUGAGAUGUUUAUUGCUUUCUUCCACUUGUUCUACAAUUGCUCCCAGUCAAUCGCAAGAAAUAUCAACCAUGUACGCUAGCCAACUAGAGCUGUACUCAUUCCAUCUUGUGUAUGCAUCCCUGAUACCUCAUGGAGGCACUGGAGGCGAUUGCCUCCAUGCUCCCUGGUCAUGAAAUGCUCCAGUAGAAGUUUACAACUUCCUCAUAGGGUGCACUUUACCAAGGAGAAAAUGCCUUGGUGCCUUUGCCCUUUCAAAAACGAAGCAUACAGGUCUGUGUAUGUGUAGUUUACUAGCCCUUAUGACAAACACUCCUCUCUGCUACUCAGGGUAUAAUUUUUUCAAGGAAAUGCAGGAACUUUGGACUACACUCAGGACCGUGGUGGGACUUGCUCUGGUGUACUGGUUAUUGGAAACAUGAGUUUGAGAUUAUGUACAAGCCAACCAUUACAUGUAUUUAACAUGAAAAUCAUCAUCUUCUGUGUAGAAACCUCUUUUGGAGUAUACUUUCACAUUGGCAGUGUUGUGACUAAGUCAUGUUUUCUCAAGUUCAGUCUUUCGCAAUUCAUCUUUGGUUGAGUCAAUUAAAGUCAAAAGUAAUUUCUGCUUUUAAAGUAAAGUAACAAGUCACAUAGUAUCCCGAAAUAAGCCCAUUCCCAUGAUGUUGUGACAAAAUUAAGUACAAUCAAAAACCUGUUAAAAGACCAGUUAAUAAUAUUAAAUUCAAUCCAUGACACAUGCAACCAUUUUGUCGGCAGCGGCAUCGUCAUUGCCAUUUGACUCGAUUUUGCAACAUUUGUUUUUUAACAGUAAUUGAAUUAUUGUUGUAAAAUCAAUUUUGGUAAAGUCAUGGUAAAGUCAAGUCAAUGAAAUUGGCGACUCAAGUUCAAGUCAGCGACUGGAGUCAACAACACUGCACAUUGGUUGGUUGAAGUAAUGUACAAACUUCUUGCAGCCAACCAUGCCAGAAACACAGGGUGAGCCCUGUUGCCAUGACCAAUAUGGCUUUACGCCCCAUCAGAUGUACAUGUAUUCGUGGCUAAGGACACAAUGUUGUCAAGACCGGAACUCAAUCCCACACUCUGCUGAUUAGCAACACCAGAUCUUGAGUCCGAUGUGCUUUACCACUCCACCGCGGCCUGUACUUAGCCUUUCGAGAUAUUCUUCUGUCCAUGUCAGCUAUUGUGUUAUCUCAUGAGAAACUGGAAAAUACCUGGUAAAUACCGACUAAUUACAAAGACUAUUCAACUCGUUAGUACAUUUUCCUGUGUUGUUAAUUAAUGCAGAGGUCACAUUCAUGUCCUGAAUAUUUCUUGACUGCAAAUGACGGUCAUUGACCAUCAAAACCUCGGCAUUUCUCAGUUUGAGAAGCUUCUCAUUAGGAUGUACUUGAAAUGAAAACCUCUUAAACUAUUCGGGCACACCUUCAUUAAUAAUAAUAGUGAUAAUAUUGGGUUUGUAUAAAGACGCAUAACCGUCACUCAGUGACGCUGGAGGCGCUUCAACAUUCAGUAUUUUUCCUACAAAGUAUGUGGCACUACCUUUGAGUUAUGAUACCUACUCCUUUAACAUACAUGUAGCACCAUGUUUUGGUGCUGUGGCGCAAUACGCAGUCAAGAGAACUAGAGAAUGCUUUGAUUGUUUGGAUUGUCUGUUCCUCCUAUAUUUAAUUUCUACUUUAUCAAUCUAGUCCCUGAUUUCCCCUGGGGUGGAGCCGGGUGCUUUAUAGCCUGCAUUUCAACUCCUUAAUGUUUGGCCAGUUUCUAUCGCUAAUUUAUAGCUGAUUUUGUGUUUGUCAUUGUAAUGGUUUCAAAAUUAGAAUUAAGUAGCAGUCAUUAAUACAUUUCAUAACCAUAAACGUUAACCCAAUGUUUGUAUGAGAGAGAUUGGCUGUUGCCAGCUUGGUGUGUCUAUCCCCUAAUGGGAGUUUGCCGAGUUCCCUUGACAGGAAGAUCAUCAAAACAAACAACAAAUACAAAAACUCAAAUGUUCUUAAAGAAUUGCACUCGCCACCAUUUCAUUCUUAAGUGCUGUUGUUAUUGACUGAAAAAACAAUCCAUGAUUGCUUUGGGGGUUUUCGGUUUUAGCCUCAAACCACUAGCCCAUUCAUCACUGACAAAUUGUUGUCAACAAAAUAUUGCUGUUAUUAAUUAAGUAAAUCAACUUGUGCCUACACGAAUGCAGUGAGUAUGCAUUAGCUAAAAAGCAACCGCUACAAUUUUUGAUUUUAUUUUGAUUGUCAAAUGUGGAUUGUUUGUGUUUUUGUUUGCAUUAAGUGAGCAUACUUAUGUUUACAGUUUUCAAUAGAAACUGUUUCAAUUGUUUGUGAUUCAUAGAUUUUUGUCAGAGUAGAACCUCAACUAUAACCCUCUUGGUUAGAAAUGUUUUGUUACGAAACUCCCACAGAAUUUAUGAAUUUGUAUAAACUAAUAAGCUUAUAUAAAUAUGUGUGUAUCUACUUGCCAGGUAGUAUCUACUUGCCGGAUAGUAUAUUAAAAAGCAGGACAGUUCUUUUCAGAACUAAGAAGUCUCCUUAAGUCUCAGUAAAUCUACUCCGUGGUUGUACAAUAAAGAAAGACAGGUCUCUAACAACUCUUCCUGGCAAGUAGAUACACACAUGCUGUUACCCAAAGCCAAAUAAGCUCAUGUCGAAAAUAGAGAAAUAUGUUAUGAAAAAGCCUUUGACUACUGAUUACAAAACAAGUUAUUCUACAGUAGUUGACUUGGGUUUAUAUUUUUGAUUUUUUUUUUUUAUGUUUUUCUAAUAAAUAUUUGCAAUGAAUGUAGGCACCGUGGAUAUUUUUUUGUGGAGAAAAAAAUAUAUAUAUAUUUUUAAAACCUAUGAUCGGAAAUGGCUGCUUACAACUUUUUGUUGACAGAUUUAGGCGAGAGAUGCUGGCUGGAACAGUAUGCUUUCAGUUUUGUUUAUUUUUUGUUGAAAAUCAUGUCUAACGAUUUAAACAAAUUUGUUAAAUAGGGGAAGACUUGACCUCCAUAAACUUUUUCCAGGUGUGUCAUUUUGGGAGAUAAAUAAUUUGCACAUAUUAUGGCAAGGGCAUAAGCCUUGUGGCUUACUAUGACACUACACUGGAUAACAUAUUGACACCCAAAAUUGCGCAACCCAGAUUAUUGUUGCGAUUACCUUUUGUUAAUGGGGUCAUUAUGGCCAAUGAUUUUCUUUUAGAAUUGAGAGAAAAUGGAAGGAAUCAAGGAACCGGUGACUCUUUAAAUACAAAUAUUUUUGAUUGUUAUUCUGAACAAGUUAGAUUAAAUUAAUUUAAUUUAGUCUAUCACUACAAUGAUCUUAUUUUUGUAUUACCAAUCAGUACCUAAGAGUGUCAAACUAUAAUUUGCAGUUAUGAAUAAGAAAAUCACUGGCCCUAAAAGAGCAUAUGGUGAAAUCCUCUAAAACAAGGGAAUCCAAUUGAAUCGAGUCUUACUUGUUGUUAAGAAGAAUUGUUUGCAAGAAAUGGUAACGUUAAAUUUUGUAUUUUGCAAGAAACUAUAGUUGAUAUUUUGUAAUACAUAGCUAUUUUAUUACAAGUUAAACCAGUAUUAAGAUUAACUGGUUGAGUGGAGAUUCAAGGGUUUUUGCAUCUGUGGUAUUCUAUUUAUUGCAUUCUAUUUCUGUGUGAAUUUGAUUUGCCUCCACCAAGCAGAAUCUUUUACAAGAAUCAAAUUAAUACCUUUUCUGAAAAUGAGAUUAUAAUCUGAUUUCAUGUUGGAUAAAGAACCGAAUUGAGUUCGUAUCCGUUUUGAAGGAUGCAACUGUCUUUUGAAUUCUAAAGUUUGAGCAUUUUUAUCUGCCUGUCAUAAUUUGAAGAACUGAUUUUAUGUUGAUUGAUCUACUUUGAAUGCAGUUAGAGGUAGACCUAGCUUUUAUUAACUAAUUGCACCCCAACACCAUACAAGCUAUUGUCUGCCAGUGCAAAGCUCACCCAUUUUGACAGUCAGAUUGCACUUACAAAUUAAUUGUUAUUACAUAAACACUGAGUCACCUAACAUGCACACACUAUAGACGAUGUGACCUCUGACGUCACUGGAAAACCAUAAAAUGAUUCGCGCACAUACCGUCGGGCAAAACCUUUGUGUUUUGGCAGGUAGCUAGAAAGUUCACGCAAUCUUUCCAUGACUUUGUGUCUUUUUGCCCAGCCAAACUGACCUGUACAAUGUUUUGUCAACAGAGGGCGGUUUGAAUGUAAUAUAGGUCACAUCGUCUAUACACUGUUUAAUACUGGAACAUUGACUCCCAAAAUUGUUCAACUAAGAUUAUUGUGAUGAUCAUGUGUCGGAUGAAUCAGGUCAGUGAAUAAUUUGUUAAAAUUCCAUGGCACUAAAUGUAUUUACAGGAAUUUACAGGGAAAAAAGGGUUUGUAGGAGUUAUUGGAACUAAUUUGGGACAUACAUAAUUUAUUUGCGUUCUGACCUUAGGAAACCUGUCUGGUGUAAGGACUAACAGCACAUUGUUAUUUUGCAGAAACAUUGCUGUUAAAUAAGCUGAACAUUUCACAUAAUUGUUUCUUUGCACCGUCAUUUGGUGCUGACUAAGAAUGGAUGCAUUUAAAUACUUGAUUUUACCAAAGGUGUAUGAUCAUGUAAAGGCCAGUUGUUUAGACUGUUGAAGAAAUGGUCAGAUUUUAAUGCCAAACUAUCUUCCCUUAAAAGUUAUCUCUUAAAGUUAAGGACUAAAGCUCUCUCCUAGUUGAUUGCAAAUGGGAAAAAAUCGUUUGCAGCUGUCACUAGUUUCAAAUGAUUAGAGUGAAUUUUAUUCUAACACUUUAAUAUAGUUUGUGGUUAAAUGAAGACAACAUUCUGAAUGAAACGUUGAAUUUUGAAGGCAAAUUUGUUGGCGAGAAACUCUUGUUUAAAGGCAGUGGACACUAUUGGUUAUUACUCAAAAUAUUUAUCAUCAUAAAACCUUUCUUUAUUACGA